AUGAAAUACCAUUUUGUUACCAGAUCAAAUCCUAGUGUGAGUCAGCCACUGAUUGUUGGCAAUAAUGGUCAACUCGGCAGCUCUAAUUUUAAUGCAAAUAGAAGGACAAUCGUCCUAGUACACGGCUGGAGAGGCUCACCUAACUCACAAUCCAAUACUCUUCUAGUGCCAGCUUUCCUCGCUGCUGAAGAUGUAAAUGUGAUAGUGGUAGAUUGGAGUACAGGAGCAGGUACCAUCAACUAUGCCACCGCAGUCACUAACACCUUUACUUCAGGUGUAAGCGUGGCCCAGUUCAUCAACUGGCUGAAUAGCGCUUCUGGCGCUUCUCCAGCAAGGUACCAUUUGGUAGGCUUCAGUCUCGGCGCCCAUCAAGUAGGCAUUAUUGGAAGGCACGUACAAGGAGCUGUCGCUUACAUCACAGGUCUAGAUGCAGCAGGCCCAGGAUGGAACAAUAACGAUCACCGCUUCAGAGAAAACGACGGCGCCUACACCGAGUUGAUCCACACAAACGCUGGUGUAACUGGAUUCCUGUCUCCUUUAGCACAUGUCUCCUUUUACCCUAACGGCGGUGUUAACAUGCCGGGUUGCGCAUUUGUCUCAGAUUGUUCGCACGCGAGGUAA